AAAACAAGAAAAUCCAUGCCCAAACCUUAGUUCCUGGAAGGUAAUGGUUCUCUGACUGCAAUGGAGAAGUAAUUGAGGGGUAAACAUGUCUUUGUGAAAUAUAUGUUCUUUUUAAAUACUUUGUACUAAUUUACGUGGAAUUAUUAUUUGUUUCUCAUUGGAGAUAUUUAUUCAGCCUCAAUGGCCUUUCAGGAACUCCUGAAUCAGGUAGGAGGCCUAGGGAGAUUCCAGAUCCUUCAGAUGGUUUUUGUUGUCUUCACCAGUGUUAUUGUGGUACCUCAUAUUAUAAUAGAGAACUUUACUGCAGCCAUUCCCAGUCAUCGCUGCUGGGUUCCUAUCCUCGACAAUGUCACUGUCUCUGAUAACGACAGUAGAAUUCUGAACCAAGAUAAACUCCUGAAGAUCUCCAUCCCCUUGGACUCCCACCUGAGACUAGAUAAGUGUCGUCGUUUUGCCCAACCACAGUGGCAUCUUCUUGAUUUGAAUGAUACUUUCUCCAGUAUAACUGAGCCAGACACUGAGCCCUGUGUGGAUGGCUGGGUAUAUGACAGGAGCAACUUUCAUUCUACCACUGUGACUGAGUGGAACCUGGUGUGUGAAUCUCAGGCACUGAAUUCUGUCACUAAACUUUCAUUUAUGAUUGGUGCAUUUAUAGGAGGUAUUGUAAAUGGCCUUCUGUCAGACAGGUUUGGGAGGAAGUUCAUUUUAAAAUAUGCUUUAUUACAAAUGGCCAUCACUGAAACCUGUGCAGGUUUUGCUCCCAACUUAUUCAUUUAUUGCUCUCUAAGAUUCCUGGCAGGAAUGUCUUUGGAACCCAUAACAGUAAAUAUUAACUUGCUCAUGUUUGAAUGGACAAGCCCUAAAUUCCUAACCAUGGUGACAGUUCUUGGAUCUUGUGCUGGUAGCUUUGGAGGCAUGAUAUUGGCAGGCCUGGCUUUUCAAUUUCAAAACUGGCACCACCUCCAGCUGGCAAUGUCUGUACCAAUUUUCUUCUUCCUUAUACUCACAAGGUGGCUGUCAGAGUCAGCUCGGUGGCUGAUUGUGAUCAACAAGCCCCAGAAGGGCUUAAAGGAACUAAAAAAAGUUGCACACAUUAAUGGAAUGAAGAAAUCUGGAGACAACAUAACCAUGGAGGUUGUAAGAACAAGUAUGAAGAAGGAACUUGAGGCAGCGAAGAUGAGACCUUCUCCAAGAGACUUGUUCCACACACCCAUCCUACGUAAGCAGAUAUAUAUCCUGUCCUUUAUAAGACUUUUAUUUAUACUGUCAGGUGUGGGCGUGGCAAUUCACCUCCAACACCUGAGUAAUAAUAUUGAACUGUUGCAGAUUCUCAUUAGUGUAUCAUCCAUACUAUUCAGUGUUAUUGGACAUUUUGUACUUAAUCACAUCGGCCGUAGAAUAACCCAGAUGGUUAUCAUGUUCCUGAGGGGAAUCUCUAUUCUGACUGCUAUAUUUGCACCUCAAGAAAUGGAGACCCUGCGUUUUAUCAUGGCCAUGAUGGCAGAAGGACUUGCUGCUCUAAGUUAUGCUGCUAAUUCUCUACAUGCAAAUGAACUACUUCCAACCACGUUAAGGGCAACAGCUAGAGGAGUCAUUGGAAUGUUUGGCAAUAUUGGAUUUUUCCUGGCACCCCUGUGUAUGAUGCUAGCGUCAUAUUCUCCCAACUUGCCCUGGAUCUUCUAUGGAGGCUUCGCCAUCCUCAGUGGGUUUAUUGUGCUUCUCCUUCCUGAAACCAAGAAUAACCCUCUGCCUGAUUGCACCCAUGAUGUAGAAAAUGAUUGGAAAGAGUCAAGACAAGAAAUGAAGGAGGAUCCCAUCAUUAAAGUCACACGGUUUUAAAGAACACCUGGAAUCAUCUGACCAAAGGACAAGAGAAAAAAUGAUAUUCAUGACAUGGUGGUAAUUUUUCCAGGAUGAUUACUCAGAAUUAUUCAUUGACAGUAUCAAAUUUUUUUUAUGAUGCAAAUCAGUAAGAUUUUAUUCAGUGACAACUAUGAUGUUUUUACUUGAUCAUUAAAAAGACUCCCCACCAUGUUAAAGCGGACAGUACAGGACAGAAGCCUCGAAUAACUGUCCUCUGAGAGGCUCCACCCAGCAGCCAAUGGAAAGAGAUACAGAGACUCUCACCCAAACACAGAUGGAGCUUGGGAAGUUUCACAGAGGAAUUGGGGGAAGGAUUGAGGGAUCUGAAGAGGAAAGGGACUUUACAGGACAACCAACAGAGUCAACUAACCUGGACCCUUUGGGGCUCCCAGAGAUUGAAUCACCAACCAAAGAGCAAACACAGGCUUGACCUAGGCUCCUGCACAUGUGUAGCAGAUGAGCAUCUUGAUCUUUAUGCAGGUCCUGCAACAGAAGACGGUGCUGUCUCUAACUCUGUUGCCUGCCUGCCUGCCUGCCUGCCUGCCUGCCUGCCUGCCUGCCUGCCUGCCUGCCUGCCUGCCUGCCUGCCUGCCUGCCCGCCUGCCUAUGGAUCCUGUUCUCCUAACUGGGCUGCCUUGUCUGGCCUCAGUGGGAGAGGAUGCACUAGUCCUGCAGUGACUUGAUGUACAGGAGGCAGGGUGGGGGUGGGGGUGGGCAAUACCCAGAGAGGAACUCCCCCUUCUCAAAGGAGGGAGGGAUGGGGAGAGGAUCUGCAUGAGGAAGUACUGGGAGGAGAGAGACGGGGGCUGAUGUUGGGAUGAAAAGUGAAUAAAUGAAUAAACUUAAGAAAUAAAAAAAAAAGACUCCCCACCCUCUUUUCUACAUCUCCCAAGAGAUUGUCUGAACUUUUUUUAAUAAAAGACUUCUAUCCUUUAA